AGGGCAUUGUAGUAAGGCCAGGAAGGUGACUCCUAUUUACACCUCAGCGAGAUUGCAGUGGACAUGACCCAUUAAAGAAGGGAAAGUCCUGGGCCUCACGGCUCUAGAGUCGGCAGCUAUAGGCUUUUGCCUGCAGACAGUUGUCCAGGAGCAUCCCAGGUUGGAGACUCUGCCACCUGACCUAUUGGGACUCUGCCUUUGCUACACCAGCACCAUGAAGCUCCAGGCAUUCUGGACUGGCUUGGAAUAUACCUGCAGGCUCCUAGGCAUCACCACCGCUGCAGUGCUGAUCGGCGUGGGCACCGAGACUUUCCUCCGGGGACAAUUCACAAGCUUGGCUUUCUAUUUGCUGUUUACAGGAACUGCCCUCUCUGUGUGUGAAGGUGCCUACUUCGUGGCUCAGCUGCUGGCCAUUUGUUUCCAGUGUCAGCCAGGUUCUCUGGCUUACUGGGCAAGAAAAAAGGCCAACUGGCUGGGCUGCUUCCAAAAAUUUCUAGCCUAUCUGCUAUUAUCCGUGGCCUGCUUUCUCCAUCCAGUUCUCAUCUGGCAUGUGACAAUUCCAGGUUCAAUGCUCAUCAUCACUGGCCUGGCCUACUUCCUGCUGAGCAAGCGCAAGAAGACUCAAGCAGCCCCUCAGGGGCCGUCCUCCCCAGAGCACUACACUGAUCCCUCCAGCGACACUGUGAGCGCUACUGGCUCUGGGAGCACUGAGCACACCUACACCUUCCAUGGGGUCAUCAAGGAGGGGACGGACUCCUUCUUCACACACAUGAAGAGCAUCUUGAAAAGUACCAAAAAGGGCACCUGCCCGCCCCCAGACACCUUGAUGGAACUAAGCCUGGAGCCCACAGACACCCUGUCCAAGAAGAAGCAGGUGCAUUUUAAGGAAAAUAUGGUCAGGAUCAUCCCAUCACUUGCUGAGGACCUGAGUGAUAGAGAGAGUGAGUCAGAUGAGACCACCUUAGACACCAUCCCCAUCAUCCCUCCACCUCAUGUUCCGCACUUCAUGUCCUCACUCACAGCCACAGGCCUCUUCUAAGGCACUUCCUGCCCCAGCAGCACUGACUAGGAGGAGUCUCCGCAGAGCAAUGGCCCUUGCAGUUUCCAAAUAUGUGAGGCUCCAGAGAAAGCUUCAAGUCUCUCUAGAGCAGCUCUAGAAUGAAUGACCAAAGAGCCCACUGUGGCAGGGCGUCCAUGGCGGGGCAUCUAUGCCACGACAUGCCACUAGUCCUGUGAAGUCCCCAAGAGAAGCACAAGUAAGACUCUCGCUGCCUCAGGGCAGUGCAAGCACCUCCCUCUUGGACAAUGAGUAUAGAAAUUCUUCACUUUUCUAAAGAAGACCAUGACCCCCCCUCUACACAAGGAUGCAAGGCGAUUUCUUUAGCCACAGAAGGGCAGAUGACUCAACCUUAGUAGAUGCCACUGGGCUUCUCUUGAUCCUGAUACAGAAUUCCUCAUUCACUAAGAUCUUAUCAUGUAUCCUAUCUCUGACAUGAAGUUUCGUCUUUGAAGGUCCAGAGAUAUAUUGGCCACUUAAGCACCUCAAAGACUGUUGUUUAAGGUGGCUAUAGAUGUCAGUCGGGGUUACUUGGAAUCGGGAGGGAGGACACAAACCCCACUAAAGGGGGAGGAGCAGAGCCAGUAGAGGCAGCAGGAAGAGUUCCAGAGGCAUUCAGAGAACAAACAGUCUUUGUUCACAGAGAGGAAUGCCAGACAAGUGAGUCAAGUUCUAGAACAUGUACGAAGGCUCUCUGCAACCUUGUCAAAGGAUGCUUUCAAGAUUCCAAGUAGAUGACAUAAACUAGAUCAAACUGAAAAGCCUAAAAGCUUAUGGCAAUCUUCAGGACCCAGUGCCUGCUGUGUGCCCAGCCCUGGAAACACAGAAUGCCUUAAGAUCCAUACAACUCAGAGAAGGGACGGCAAUGUUUAGGGACGUGACAGUGGACAACAGAUAGAUGGUUUUCAAAUUGAGGGGAAGGGAAGAAUACAGCAAGCUACCAGGCAAGCUCUGCCUUGUGACUACAGAAAAGAGACCAUCACUUCUUAAUGAGCAAAGAAGUAAAUUAUUAUCAGUAAGAUAUUCCAAAAUAAUGGGACCUGCAACAACGUUUUUACUUCUAAAAAUUAUACUUUGCCUCAUGAUAUUGUUUCAAGGAAAAGCACCUUCUUCUUCAUGGCAAUUUCAAUUAAUGAGCCAGCAUAAGAAGAUGCUGUUACAUGACCAGAUGUGUGUGAGCAAACACCAGGAUGGCUUGGAGGACGUACAUAUGCUAUGGUUGAGAUAAAAUGCCAUGUUUAAUCUUGUAGACUUUUCAGUAUAUUCUACAAGUUAUCUUGAAAAUGUGUAGAAAUAAUGGCUAACCAGAAGCUGUCGGGCUGCUGUCUAAGUGCAGGAGAUAUUCCAGAUAAGCAGAAAAUCGAAUCAGAAAAGGCAAAGAAAUGCUUCCCCAUACAUCUCUGAUUGUGCAAGUAGCAGAAAAGAUAGGCCCAGAGUCAGAAUCCACAGGCAAGGAGGCUGAGAAAUAAACAAUGUGCUUUAGCAGAA